UUGCUACAAGGCAACAACUGCGGCGCUGCUGAGCGGCUACUUCACUGCCGGACGCCGGUGGAGGAGCGAGGAAAUAUCAAACUGAAAGUGUUAGCAGAGCAAACCCUGUAGCUCAAGCAAAAGUACGCCGUUUCAGACUCUUUGGUUUAAGGAAAUCUCAGGUGACCUGAGAAAAUGUCUCGCAGGUAUGACUCUCGGACAACCAUAUUUUCACCUGAAGGACGUCUUUAUCAGGUGGAGUAUGCAAUGGAAGCAAUUGGUCACGCUGGAACCUGUCUGGGGAUUCUAGCAAACGAUGGGGUGCUGUUAGCCGCAGAAAGACGCAACAUCCACAAACUGCUAGAUGAAGUUUUCUUCUCUGAGAAGAUCUACAAGCUCAAUGAAGACAUGGCUUGUAGUGUUGCUGGAAUCACAUCUGAUGCCAAUGUAUUGACAAAUGAGCUGCGGCUAAUUGCACAGAGGUAUUUACUACAGUACCAAGAGCCCAUACCGUGUGAGCAGCUGGUCACAGCUCUGUGUGACAUAAAGCAAGCCUACACACAGUUUGGAGGCAAGAGGCCGUUUGGUGUUUCUCUCCUCUACAUGGGGUGGGACAAGCACUACGGCUUCCAGCUGUACCAAAGUGACCCCAGUGGCAACUACGGAGGUUGGAAGGCAACCUGUAUUGGGAACAACAGUGCUGCUGCAGUUUCCAUGUUGAAGCAGGACUACAAAGAAGGGGAGAUGACCCUGUCUUCUGCUUUGGCGUUGGCCAUCAAAGUCCUCAACAAAACCAUGGAUGUCAGCAAGCUGUCAGCAGAGAAAGUUGAGAUCGCCACCUUGACACGUGAAGAUGGAAAAACCAAGAUCAAGGUGUUGAAACAGAAGGAGGUGGAGGAGCUCAUCAAGAAGCACGAGGCUGAAGAGGCCAAGGCUGAAAAAGACAAAAAGGAAAAGGAGCAAAAGGAGAAGGACAAAUAAGAAAAGAAUAACAUUGUUUUUCUCACUCUUUCAUCAAAUUCUGUAUCAUUUCGUCUUUUACAAUAAAUUCUCAGAAACUGAA